AUGCCAAAACUCGAGCCCUUCCAGGACGACUACUAUCUAUGGGACUAUGUCCCUUCCAUCGCCCUCUCCCUCAUCUUCCUCCUCCUCUUCCUAGCCCUCACCCUCUUCCACGUGUGGAAGGCCUCGACCACGCGCGCGCGCUUCUGCAUCCCUUUUAUCAUCGGUGGUGUCUACUUCCGUCUUCCUGCCGUCUCCCCCUUCGUCCUGUCCACCAUAACUAAGCCAUUUCCAAUCCUCCCAGUCGAAGUAACCGGCUUCGCAGUCCGCGCUGCCUGCACAAACGCAACCGCCAACCUUAUCCUCUACGUCCUCCAAACCGUCUUCAUCCUCCUAGGCCCCGUGCUCUUCGCCGCAAGCGUCUACAUGGUCCUCGCACGCCUCAUCCGCAGCGUGGCCGCAGAAAAGUACUCCCUUAUCCGCAUCACCUGGGUCACAAAGGCCUUUGUCACGGGCGACAUCCUCUCAUUCCUCGUCCAGGGUCAGGGCUCGGGGCUCCAGGCCUCGGACGGACUGGAGACCGUCGCCAAGGCAAUCGUGAUCACGGGCUUGAUGAUUCAGAUCGUUGUGUUCGGGUUCUUCAUCGCCACGGCUGUGGUCUUUGAGAGGAGGAUGAGGCGCGCGCCGACGAGUGAGGCGCCGUACACGCAUCAUCUGUAUCCGCUGUACGCGAUUAGUGGGCUGAUUAUGCUGCGCUCGGUCUUUCGGGUUUUCGAGUAUGGGCUCGGCCAGAAGGGGUAUCUUUUGGUGAAUGAGUGGCCGCUUUUUGUGUUUGAUGCCGUGCCCAUGGUUGCGGUUAUGGGUAUCUGGGGGCGUUGGCAUCCUGGGACGAUACACCGCGAGGCGCGGGGCCAGUCGUUGAGUAUGGGGGGUUAUCGGAGUAUGGCGUAG